AUGUGGUCAAAUAAACUCAAGGAAAUGGAGAAAUCACCUCCUAUUGCCACACGAGAACCUCUGAAUACUGCCACAGUUCCUGAAUCUCAAAUAGGUGCACCGGCCGAUGUUUCGCGCAAAUCUACCAAUACUUCUGUUAGGGAAAUGGUCGGUUAUGGACUUAAUGUGUCAAGCGCUAUCACUGAUGUGCUUUUCGCCCAUCCUUUUCUGGUUCUUCGACAUCAGUGUCAAGGUGUGUUGUCUCUGUGGAAAGGGCUAAGUGGUGCGAUAACGGUGAAGGUUGUUCGGACGAUUUCAGAAAAUGGUCUCUCUGAGGUUCUGCCCCUUCCAAAAGAAAUUACCAUCUACAGCAGUGCCGCCAAAAUUUCGCUUCAUUUUCUUCUUAAAUUGCUUUCUUGGAUCAUUGUAACUCCUUUUUACGCUGCAAGUAUGGUGGAGUUUGUCCAGUCAGAUAUAGCCUCAGAACCGACAACCUUGGUGUCUUGCCUGCUGGAGGGGUUGCGGCGUCUUCUGCCCAGCAUUCCGUCCCCUGUCUCUCGGAUGGGUUCCGUGGGAGGCAAACUCAAGGCGGGUUUGAGGGCAAGUCCCAUUCGAACUUCACGCCUCCUACCUGUAUGGCGACUCAUAAUCCCCGUGGUUACACUCGGUGUGGGUCAACAUAUUAUUCGCAGUUUUGUGAGCUUUGGAGUCAGUGCCUAUCUUGGCCGCGAUCAAGAGCCGGAGCAGUUGGACAUGGAGUCGACUGAGUCGUGCAACAUUAUGGUGCGUUUUUAG